AUGAAAAAAACAAUAAAAAAUGAAGAACCUUUAAGAGAGAAAUUAUCCUAGACAAUGUUUAAAGGAAAUAGCGAUAAUAAUCAACCUAUCUUAAUAAAAGGAUUGGGUUAAGAAUUCUCAACAAACAUUCUUGAAAACAUUUAAAGAACUCAUUCUUUCUCCAAACCAUUUCAACAAGCACCAAAAGAAGAUAGUUAAAAUUAGCCAAAGACACCAACAAAGAAAAUGGACACAGGAAUGAUAUAGUCAAUACAUAUUAAGAAACCACAAAAGGCUGUCCUGAAAAUUUCAAGGUUUGUUGGAGAUGCGAAAUGGCCAUUUUUUAGAGUUAAGAAAGAUGAAACUGUAAAGCAAUUUUGGAAUAGACGAACCUAAUAGGAUCACCAUAGAAAUUGGAAUAGUGAAGGAUAUUUGUUUGAAGGUAUUAUGCUUCGGAUUGGGAGAAAGAAAAAAAGCGUAAAAGGAUAUUAUUUUAAACUGACUUAUUCUGGCAUGCUCAUGUAUUUUAAAAAAGUACAUUUAAAUUAAUGUAUAAUAGGAGUCAGACAAAGAGCCGAAAGGUUACUUGUAAUUGAGUAUGUAAAGCAGAGUUAUAAUCUCAUAUCAAAAAACUAAGAAAGGAUUGAAUGUGCCAGUCUUAUACAUAGAAAGAGUAGAAGGAAUUGGAAUAACCAUUUUUGAUCAUUAAAUUGAAUAGACUCUAAAAUUGUGUGAAGCACUCUAAGAAUUUUGUUUAAUGAGAGGAUAUGAUAGUGUGUACACCUAAAUAGACACCCUGGGUAGUGGGUCAUUUGCUACUGUGUUCAAGGUAUAACGAAAGAGAGACGAAUAGUAGUUUGCUGCUAAGGUCAUUUAUAGAAAUAUGUUCGAAGAAAAUAAACACAAAGAUAAAUUUAUAGUAUAAAAUUAUUAAACAUAUUAGUGCAGUAAAUGGUAUACAACGAAGUUAUAGCUUUGAAAACAUUAAGUCAUCCAGGAAUCGAGUAGAUCUAUGAAGUUUAUUAGGAAAAAGAUAAAUUAGUUCUCAUUAUUGAAUAUUGUUAAGGAGGCACUCUUUAUCAAUUCUAUAAAUCCAAAGGGAAAUUAUCAGAAAAACAAAUUGCUUAGUUGAUGAAAGGAAUUUUGGAUGCCCUUUUUGAAAUGCAUUCCAAUGGAUUUGUUCAUCGAGAUCUGAAGUUGGAGAACAUCAUGUUGGAAUCCAAGGAGCAUAUGUAAAUUAAAUUGGUUGAUUUUGGGUUUGCUGAAGAAAUUAAUGAAAAAGAGUUGAUAAGCAAAGCAGGUACACCUGGGUUCUUAGCUCCAGAGAUCUUUCGUGGGUAUCCUUAUACACAGAAAGGAGAUGUGUUUAGUGCUGGUUGCGUUUUAUACAUAGUAAUUAUCCAUCAUUAUAAUAGUUAACAGCAGGAUAUGCUCCUUUCAGAGGUAAACCAAGUUAGAUUCAAUUGUUGAAUUCCAAGGGAUAAGUUAAUUAUGAGAAGUCUCCUUGGCCUGAUGUUAGUGUUGAGUUAAAGAGUCUUGUUAAGAAGAUGUUAGAACCAAAAUCAGAGGAUAGAUUCACUACUUUGGAAGCAUUGGAAUCCUCGUUUAUUUCUCAUUAUACAAAAAUAACUUCAGAAACCAAUUAUAAGUCAUUCUAGAUGGUGUCUGGGUUAGACUUUCAUAACAAAUAAUCUGUCAAGAGUAACAAGAAUUCAGAAUCUAAUGGUUCUAAAUAAAGUAAAGAAUUUCAGUUGGAUUUCUCCAUACAUACCAAUGACAUUAAGUCACUUUAUCAAAAAAACUCUAUUAAGACUCUUUAAUCUUAAAGGUCGGGCAGAGGUACUAUAAAAUAAAGUAUGAUCCUUAAACAAUCCAUCUCUGUUCCCAAGGAUGCCAUUAUUGAACAAUAUCAAUAAAAGAGGAAGCAAAGCCAUCCAGAUAGAUCAAGUUGCUAAGAUUCUGAUAAUGAUAUUGAUUCUUUUGGAGAAUUGCUUAAAUGUAAAAUCAAUUCGAUUCUAUUUAGUACAAUCUAUGAAAUUCACCACAUUCGAGGAUUUCGAUGCUCUAAAUUUUUCAUAAAUCAAUUUCUUAACAUAAACGAGCUAGGUAUUCAAUAAGAUUAAAAGACCAUGGUGA